UCGGUGCGGGAGGAGAUGCGGCGGGGGGGUGCGGCGGUGGCGCUGGCGGCGGUCCCGGGGGGAGCGCCUCGGGGCCGCGGCUGUCGUCAGCCUCCCUCGGGUCCCUUCUCCCGCACUCUCGUGCGGAGCCGGGCGGCGUCCCGGGGCGGCGUCUCGCAGGACGCGGCGACCUCCCUUCCAGGGCCUCGGGGCGGUUCGAGGGGGAGCGGGCGCGUCCGUUGGGCGAAAGAAAAUGGAAUAAUCAAAUCAGACAAGGUAUUUGAAGUAAUGCUGGCUACAGACCGUUGCCACUAUGCAAAAUACAACCCUUAUAUGGAUUCUCCUCAAUCUAUAGGCUUCCAAGCAACAAUCAGUGCUCCACAUAUGCAUGCAUAUGCUCUUGAACUUCUGUCCGAUCAAUUACAUGAAGGAGCCAAAGCUCUUGAUGUGGGAUCUGGAAGUGGAAUCCUUACAGCAUGCUUUUCACGGAUGGUUGGUCCCAAAGGACAAGUUGUAGGAAUUGAUCAUAUCAAAGAACUAGUAGAUGACUCAAUAAAUAAUGUCAAAAAAGACGAUCCCACAUUGCUGUCUUCAGGAAGAGUGAAACUGAUUGUGGGAGAUGGAAGAAUGGGAUAUGCAGAAGAAGCUCCCUAUGAUGCAAUUCAUGUAGGAGCUGCAGCACCAGUUGUGCCCCAAGCACUUAUAGAUCAGUUAAAACCUGGCGGAAGAUUGAUAUUACCAGUUGGUCCUGCAGGGGGAAACCAGAUGCUUGAACAGUAUGACAAACUAGAAGAUGGCAGUGUCAAAAUGAAGCCUCUGAUGGGAGUGAUAUAUGUGCCUUUAACAGAUAAAGAGAAGCAGUGGUCCAGGUGGAAGUGAUUUUCUGUUCCACUUACUUCUUCCACAUACACGCAAGGGAUGAAUUGUAAAAGCUACAUCAUCUUGACCCAAACAUAGUGUUACAGUGGACUGCUCAUCUCCAGUUCUAAAAGCUUUUUGAAAACCAACAGCAUUGCAGCUUGUUUUGGACUUCGUUAUACUGUUGUUAUCAGCAUGGAAAAGCGUGGUGUUUGUUUUAUUUUUUUAGAUGCUCGAGGCAAAUCUGAUAAAGACAUGGUAAAAAGUUUUAUGUGGGCACUGUUUUAUUUAACAUGCCUUUAUUUUACUCUCAUCUGUUUGAAGUGAAUUUCUGCAGAUGAACUGUGGAUGAAGAUCUAUAGCUUGUGAACUCUAAUUUUGAUGGGGGUACUUGAACACUCUCACUUCUCUUGGCUCCCGUGUCCCUUGGUAAAACUGCUUCUGUGCACCUUAUGACACUACAUAGGCAAUACCAGGUUUUCUGUGUUCCAAUGUCUGCUAGAUGCUACUAAAAGGAAAUGAAAUUUUUUUUUAAGCUUUUGACAUGGUGUCAUAGACUAGCAUGUAGUAGAUACAAUCAGCUGCUUUAUUACCUUAAAAUCAGGCAUUUGUAUAUAUUGAAUUUGAAAACAUCAAAGUUGGCUGCUCUUACUAAAUAUUGCUGUUUGAGUUGGACAUAAAAGACGUGGUUUUCCCUUUCUUUCUAAAAUUAGUUAAUGAAAACCUGAAACUCUGUUUUGGUUUACAGCUCACUGCUGUUACAGUAAACAUAGAUUUACCUCCAAAAAUACAUGAGAGCUGCAUCCCAGUCACUGGGAUAAUAAGGCUAAAAACAAGAGGGAGUUUGUGCUUGUGUGGAGGACUACGGUCAGUAUGUGGCAGACAUACAGAUCUUUGCAUUAUUUAAAAAUAGGAAACAGAUCAAUAUCUAGUCUGGUUCAAAGCGAAAGUUGCUUUUGAUAAGGCCAUGUGCUGAAUUAAUGUUCUCUUUUUUUUUCUGACUCUGGACACUCUGAAAAAAUUCCAUUCUUUUGAAAAGCAAACUGUUGUUAUGCAAGGAAAACAUGUGUGAUACAUGUAGAAUGGGUAGAGAAUCCCAGACUCUUACCUACAGUUGUUCAACUUUCAUGUAGAAGAAUCAUUGGAAGGCUAUAAAUUUUUUUUUCUGCCCCAAGUUUUCUGUUUUAUAUAGGAAAAUGCAAAGCAGUACAGCAAAUUGAGCUGCUUUGGAAAAGUGGAGAAGCAUGUCUGAUUCUUCUUGCUCAGAUUGGAGCAACUGGGAAAUAUUGUAGGCAGCAUGUUGUUGUUUUCUUUUUAAUGAUAAAAAGGAUUAUAGAAUAAAAUAACCAGUAUAAACACAGCCAUCGUGAUCACUGUAAAAAGCAUUUGGAUGCCUGUGGCGGAACAGCUAUGUUUUGUGAUAGGAUUAAUCACUGAAAGCACAAAGGCUAAAAAAUUCAAAGGCCUCUGGGUCUGAAAGAGGUAACAUUUUAAAUAACCUUCCCUGCGAAGGUCGGCACAAUCCCAUUCCUGUGUGAAAGUGAUGUAUCAAUUCACAUAGAUGUUUGGAAGUCAGUGUACCACCUCCCGAUCUGGCCACAGUCUGGGAGCACACAGACUGAUCUUAUAAAGGAAUUACUACAGCGUGUAUUCUAGAAAACACAGUUCAGAAAAACCCAUCUGCGUCUGAAUUUGUACUAACCCACAAUCAACUGUGAAUCUAGUUGUUGGUGUUGAAGUGAACUAUCUUAAAUGAUGCAUGCUCAUGUUCAGCCUUUUGGUCACUGUAUCAUUCAGUUUGAGUUCAGCUUUAUUUACAUCAUCUCACUAAUUAGUCAAAGGAAAGAUAAGAAUUCAACUGUCUCCAAAUUUUUGUCUCUGGACACAGUAACAAGCUAGCCUAAGGCAGCUUAGAGGUGACGGAGCUGAGACCUGGCAACAGCUCUGUGAGGAAAACACUUCAGGGACCAAGGCUGCGACAAGGCACCUGUUCUGCAGAAGGAAUUGAUGGCAGUAGGGGUGCUUGGGCAGGGUGGAGCAUGCAGGGGCAGCGUUUAGGAACUGGGGAAUGAAGACCCCUCCGUGGUGGAGCAAUGGUUCUGAAGUACAAGCUUCUUGGAGAAGAGGACAAGUUGAUGUGCAGAAGAGUUGAAGAGCUUGAAUAAAUGCUGUGUGAAAUGUCUGAAUUGCUACUUUGCCAAAUAAAUUGAGAGGAAGCUGUAUUUAGA